AGGCCGCAGUCGAGUGGGAGCUGAGCACGACGGCGACGUCCGUGCAGCGGAGAAGCAGAGGAUAAUGGCGUCUGCAGCGCUGUCGCCUGUAGCGCCCUCCUCCUUUCUCGUUCGCGCACUCUGUAGUGAGGGGGAGGGGAAAUAGUGACAAUCCUCUCGCGAGACUUCGGCCGGCCGCUCGCGUGUGCCGGGAGGGGGCGGCCGCGGGGGAUUUUCGAGCCCCGAGGGAAAUUUGCGGGGCCGGAGGAGGGACGCCGGUGAACGGCAGAUUGGGCGGGAAGAAGUCAAAGAGGGAAAAGAAAACCCUAGGACCGGGAAAGGGAGAGCACCGGGCGGCGCGCGGCGGCGACUGGCGGCCUCUCGGGCGCGCGGCCCUGGGAUCACGCUGCUGUGCGAGCCGAGGCGGGAAGGCCAGGGUCAUUUCUCUGCAGAAGAUACUUUGAGAACUCUACUGACCACCCAGCUUGAAGUCCUGUCAGUAGAUCGCUGGCUGCCUGCUAAGUGGUGUAUGCGGAUGCUCUUAUUGAAGAGAAAUGAAUGCAGCUAGUGCUGUAUCAAGAGUUGAGACCUGGCUCUUGGCAGCAUGGCAUGUUAAAGUGCCUCGGAUGUGGCUGGAAGCUUGUGUUAACUGGAUCCAAGAAGAAAAUAAUAAUGCUAAUUUGAGUCAGGCACAAAUAAAUAAACAGGUGUUAGAACAAUGGCUUCUUACUGACCUGAGAGACUUGGAACAUCCUCUCUUACCUGAUGACAUUUUAGAAAUUCCAAAGGGAGAACUGAAUGGAUUUUAUGCUCUACAGAUCAAUUCUUUGGUUGAUGUAAGUCAACCUGCGUAUUCCCAGAUACAAAAGCUGAGAGGAAAGAAUACAACCAAUGAUCUAGUUUCAGCUGAAACACAGAGCACUCCAAAACCAUGGGAAGUAAGGCCUUCACGGAUGCUAAUGCUGCAGCUCACUGAUGGGGUCACACAAAUUCAGGGAAUGGAAUAUCAGUCUAUUCCAGCUCUCCAUAGUGGUCUUCCUCCGGGUACAAAAAUUUUAGUUCAUGGACACAUUUUGUUCCGUCUUGGCGUUCUCUUACUGAAACCAGAAAAUGUGAAGGUGUUAGGAGGUGAGGUAGAUGGUCUUUCAGAAGAAUAUGCCCAAGAAAAAGUACUUGCAAGAUUAAUUGGUGAACUUGAUCCUACAGUUCCAGUCAUUCCAAAUCACUCCAAUCACAGUGUACCCAGAGUUUCAGGGGGUUUAGAUGCUGUUUUGGGGCCUUCGGAUGAAGAACUCUUGGCAAGUCUUGAUGAAAAUGAAGAGCCUGCAGCAAAUAAUGAUGUGACUAUGGAAAGAAGCUGUUUCAGCACAGGCAGUUCCUCAAACACUACUUGGACAAAUCAGUCUAGUUUUGAGCCAGGAUGUAAUAUUUCUUCAAGGCCAAAGGAAAAACCACCAAACCAGCCUAUGCAUUUCACUGAUGGAGAAUUUGAUGACUUCUCACUAGAAGAGGCCUUGCUUUUGGAAGAAACUGUCCAGAAAGAACAGAUGGAAACAAAAGCAUCACAGCCACUAACUUUGAAGGAAAACAUAAACAUACGUAAAUGUGUGGAGAUCUUUUCACAUAAACCUAGUAGUCUUAACCACACGACUUUGAUUCAUAAACAAGGAAACAGCAAUUUCGAUGAAAAAAUAUCUGAACUAAUGAUUCAUGAAGACAAAUUUUUUGACUGUUCAUCUACUAGAGACAAUCAUAAGAGACUCUUAGCUCAUGAUCUUACAAAUGAAAGUAAGAUUUCAGAAGUAGAUGAUGUAGCACAACAAACCAUCAGCAGUUCAGAUGAACAUUGCUUAAGUAAUAAAAUAUUAAACAGAAAACUGGACAUAUCAGAAAAGAGUUCACAAAUUUCUAAAGAAAAUGGCUUCCCUUUCCAGGCUUGUUCUUCAAGAUCAUUUGAGAAUAAUACUUGUCUUUCUAUUGGCAUGGACUUACAUUCUCCACCCUUUAUCUAUUUGUCUGUUCUAAUGGCCAGAGAGCCAAAGGAAGUUACCACUGUGAAAGUCAAAGCAUUUAUUGUCACUUUAACUGGAAAUCUCUCAAGUUCUGGUGGCUCUUGGUGUGUAACUGCAAAGGUUUCUGAUGGUACUGCAUAUCUAGAUGUAGAUUUUAUAGAUGAAAUACUUACCAGUAUGAUAGGGUAUUCGGUACCAGAAAUGAAACAGUUAAGAAAGGACCCUCUUAAAUAUAAAAAAUUCCUAGCAGGGUUACAAAAAUGUCAGCGAGAUCUGAUAGAUUUGUGUUGCCUAAUGACUAUUUCAUUUAAUCCUUCUUCAUGUAAAGGCAUGGUAUUGGAAUUGCAAGAUGUUGGUAUGGAACACCUUGAGGACCUAAAGAAACGGUUGAAUAAAUAAUUUGCCACAAUGCUAUUGGAGCACACUUUAAAACAGGCAACUAUUUGGAAUCAAAUUUGUUUAUUCUCAAUUUUGGAAUUCUGUAAAAGAGCUUCAGAGCUUAAGAAUGGCUGAGACUGCUCAGUGGUUGAUGGACUUUCUGCCAAGUGUGGUGACCUCAGUUUGAUCUCCUGGUCCCUUGAGGCAAAAGGAGAGACCCAGCUUCCAGAAUCUAUUGUUAGUCUACUACACAGGUAGCAUGGGACACACACACACACACACACACACACACACACACACACACACACACACACGGUAAAUGAUAUUUUAAAAAUAAAGAUAUUUCAUCAAAAUGUAUGUGUAAGAAUGUUUUUGUUUUGGUGAUACUGGCUCAGGGUCUUGUAAUCUUAGCAAGCUUCUACCACAGUCACAUCUCUAGACCCUUGGGAUGUUUGUUUGUUUACUUUCUGUUUUCCUUCCCUGGAAACUGGAUCUCAUAUACCCAGGCUGGCCUCAAGCUCUCUUGUAUAGCUGAGAGUGACCUUGAGUUUCUUAUGUCUCCCCUCCACCUCCCAAGUGCUAGGAUUAGGGUUGUGCAUUUUUAGGUGGUACACCAGUAAAACCAAGGCUGUGUGUGCUAGGCAAAUACUCUACCAACCAAGCUACAUCCCUAGUCCUUGUUGAAGGGAUUUGCUGAGAAAAUUGUUUUCCACUUGUCACAGAAUAAACCUAUAACUGAUAAAGAAUCGUGAUGGGCUGAUGACAGUUUGCUGGGUAAAGGUACUUGCUGCUGAGCCUGACAACCUGGUUUAUAUUCCUGGUACCACAUGCUUGAAAGAGAAAACUGUCUCCUACAAGAUGUCCUCUGAUUUCCAUAUGCAUGCCAUAGCAUAUGUGUGCUCUCUCCCAUGCAUACAGGUAUAUACAAUGAAAUAAAACUUAAUAAGGAAUUGAUGUUCCCCAAUGAGAUAUUAUUGAAAGUUGGAAAUUGAAAAUGAGUAAUUUUACCUCUAAUAAGUUGAAUAUUUAAAAAAAAAAUUGUACUGUGACAAAUGUCUUAGAUUUACUGUCUGUACAUUUACUGUCACAGAGGACAACCUGUGAGACUUGGUUUUCUCCUACCAUGUGGAUUCUUGGGGUAAAAUCAGGCUUAGCGAGCACCUGCUGAGCUGUGUGACCUGUGGCUUCUGAGAUAGUAUCUGGACACAUUUCCAGGGUCCUUUGAAUUGGCUUUGCAUAUAAGAUACUUAAUUUUGUUACUGUUUUAAAGAGACUAUACUCCUUUUGCUGUACUAGAUUAUGUUUGGGAGAUGUACUU